AUUUUUGGCGAUUUUCGUCGACAUUUUUUUUUUCUUCAUUUCUUCGUUCGUUCGUUGGUUUUUUUUUUUGUUUUUAUUAUUAUUAUUCGAAACAAACAGCAUUAUAUAGAUGUAUAUCAAUGAACAACAUCUUAUAUGAACGAAGCGUGCAAGUCCAAAAAGCGCAUAAUGCCGAAAUUCAAUGGAUUAUAUAAAUAUGAAAUGCCAAAAUAAGCCAAAUUGAUCGAUUUAUAAAAAAAAAUUGUAUGUAUAUGUAUAUUCGUGAGAGUGAAUUCGUAACCACCGUAAAUAAAACACCAAAUGAUGGUCAACCAAGUGCGUUAAUAUAUUAACACAGUGUGCUUUUGUUUUUGAGCCGAUGCGAAAACAACCGUGGCCAGCAGCAACGAACAAACGAACCAACCAAAAAACUAUCAAUCGUCGAGAACCAGCCACGAUUGAAUGGCGUAUCAAAAAUGAAUGGUGGUGUUCGGACCUAAUGGCUUUAAUGUGAGCAAAACGGAUUAAUAGCGGAAUUAGAAAGGCCGGAAAACCAAUAAAAAUAUUUAAAAAAAAAAAGAGAAGAAAAUCGUUUGAAAAACAAAACCGACCAUUCAAUGACAUUAUUAAGAGUGAUUAUUAAGUUUUGGGUGUAAAUUUAUGGGAAAUAAAAAGCGAUAAACAAAACUAUUGAGAAGAAAAAAGAAAGAAAGAAAGAAAGAAAACCCAACAACGCCGAAAAGUGAGAAAAAGUUGUGCGUAUGCCGGCCACGACGAUUAUAACAGCAACAGCCACAAUUGAAGACGAACAUCGAACGCAUUGGGACAAAUUGUUGUGAUGAUGGCUAUGCGGAUAAAAUCUAAAGUGCACACCGUCAUUUUCUCAAUUAUCCUAAUUUUAUUGGAGAACUGGGGAACAACAGCCAGCGCACAACAGCAACAGCUACAACAAACAAAAGCGACAGACCAAAAUUUCUACUUUCAAUCGCCGCAAAGGUUCCAGUCACCAUUUCCAGCUUCACGCAAUGGAUUCUUUCCAACGAAUGGAUUGCCAAAUACUGGGCAAAGUUUCCCACAAUCCUUACCACGUAGUCAAUUAGGGGGAGCUAUACAGCAACCACAACAGCAGCAGCAGCAGCAGCAACAGCAAGAUCAGUCAGCAUUUUUCGGCGCCAUACCUGCGAAGAAUGACGGUUCAUCGUCCGAUUACUUCCAAUAUUCCGCAUUUCCGCAACCGGCGGCGCCACCUCGACAGCAAGAGAACUUUUUCCAAGUAUCACCAAGGCCGUUUGCAAUCCAGCCAAAUGGCAAUCAUGGUCUUCAGUUUGUGCGACCACCGAUUGUACCACAAUCACAACAAUACACCGCUGAACAAAAUUUUGGAUUCCCGCAACAACCAUUCCAACAACAGCUAUCCCAACUGUUGCAUCCAAAUGUAGAAAGUUUAGAGCAACGUCAACCACCUGCACUUCAACAGCAGCAGCAGCAACAGCCAAUUCAUCAUCAAAAUACUCCCGUUGGUCGAGCGCCAACGCCAGCGCCAGCGAUAACUAUAUACGAUGCGACGAAAUUCGUGAAGCAAGGCCAAGCGAGCCGUUUAUUGAACAACGAUUCCGCCGUGAAUCAAAGAAGUAGUAAUAACAAUUCGAUUAGAAAUAGUGUAAGAAAGUCAAAUGAAUCCGCAACUAGUCAAGAAGAAAGCAAUGAAAACAAUCGAUUUCCGAACACACGAAAUCGUUUCCAUCCAUUGAGCACCACCAAGCCAAUAGCAACGAGCCGAAACACACCAGCAGUAGCAGCAGCAGCAACGGCAACAACACAAUCAACGACACUUGCACCAGCCACCAUAGCCCCGGCCAGCAAACCAAAUCCACAGCAAAUCACAUCGGAUCAACGUCAAAAUCGUAUACCAAUUUCCACACGCUUUGGAACAUCUCGCGAACAGAACACCAGCAUUCGUAUCAACAAGUUCCUGCGACAGCCAUUGUACACGAGUCGCGAGACCAAUCAACAACAACAGCAACAGCCACAACUCCAGCAGCAAACACUCAAACGCAUCAACAUCACACACAAUGGCAGCACUAACCGCGAUGGUGCUAGCGCAAGUCAAGAGGUAUCGAACAGAACACAUCAAUUGCAGUUGUUGCAACAAGCGCGCCAAAAGAUUCGUGAAUCAUCUGGUGAAACGGUGCGAACACCGGCAAUCCAACAAGGGAUUGUAUCAAGAGCACCGCAAAAAGCGAUCAUUGAAAAUCGGCCAUCGAUCGAAACAACCGACGACGAUGAUGAUGAUGAUGAAGAAGAGGAGGAAUUUUUCUAUGACGAUGAUUCAAUUGACGGUAAAGAUGAGGAAGAAAUUAAAAUGACAACCAAACCGAAAGAUGAGAAUAAACCGGUGAUUUUAACAUCAAACUUCUUUUUGCCCGGCAAACCAAUUCCGAAGUUGGAGCAACACCAUGAAUACGAGAAUCAUGAACCAAACGAUUUAUCAAGCGAUAUUAGCGAAGCAAAUGGCCAGCAAAAAGACAAUGCUGAAGAUGUGAUCGAUUCGGUGCCAGAGGAGGAGGAGGAGGAGGAGGAGCUGGAAACGGAACGAAUUGUAGAAAAAACGACAAAGAAAUUUGUGGUACCAACAACAACAACAGCAACAACAGCAACAACAGCAACAACAACAACGACUACAACAGCAAAAACGACCAGCGCAACAUCACCGAAGUCAGUCACAUUGGAUCCAAAUGUUGAAUAUGAAUACUACGAUGACUACGUGGAUGAGCCAAUAACAACGGAAACCAAGACGAUCCCAAAACCGGUGACCGAACAAGAGGAACAAACAACGACCCAUGAGGAAGAAGAAGAGGAAGAUGAGGUGGUAGAAGAAUAUUCUACAGUUGAUAGUGCUGAAGAGCCAGAAUCGACAGCAAAAACGGUGGAAAAAUCCGUAAAAUCCAAAGUAACAAGCAAUGAACAAAUGGAAACAAGUAUCGAACCAGUUGAAACGUUAUCAGUGAGCACAACGGAACCAGUCGAAAAUACGAGUACAUCGACGGAAGGUCAUUUGGUUGUGGCAUCGGUACAAACAAGUCGAAGCAUAACUGGCGCUCGAUAUUUAACAUUCCCUCAGGUGGAACAAGAAGAAAAGCGACAAUCGUUGAGCGACGCACAAAAAGACGUGAAAAAAUUACACAAAGACAAUGAUUACAGCAACGAAAAUGCUUCAGACGUUGAUUCAAGCGAUUCAAACAAAGCGGAUGAUUUGGUAAAAUCAAGUGAAGAUAAAUCAAAGAAAGCGGUGGCAACAAAAGACGAGGCAGCGGCUACGGCUUCGGCUGCGGUUGCCAACGAUUCAACGGAAGAAACAUCACAAGAGAGUGUUGUGCAAUCGAAAAAUGAAUCCGACGCAUCAAAUUCCGAUGUUGUAAAAAGUCGAACGCACAAAUUGUCAUCAAUUAGUGAAAAAUUGGCACACUUGCACGAAUUAAACGAACCAAAACCGGAGCUAACGACAAAGAGUGUGCCCGUUGUGAUUCGGAAGUUUACACCACGCACAACCAAAGCGCCCGCACGCAAACUACCGAUAACAUCGAAAAAACCUAAUUUUGAUGUUGACGAUGAGUUAGCUAGUUUGUUACCGCCCGGUUUUAAGUACCGAGCUCAAUCAACAACACCAAAAUCCGAAACGACAACCACAAUCGAUGAUCUACUUCAAAAGAUUCAAUUCAAGGAGAUUGCAUUGGAAGGAUUACUGCCAAAAGACUAUAAACCACCACAAAGCGAAAGCAAACCCAAAGCCGAAGAAAAUGCCACCUCAAAUGAACAAUCGGACAUUUCGCCGAAGAUCAAAUUUGAUGAUAAACUUGAAGCACUUUUGCCCAAAGACUAUAAACUAUCGUCGCCACCGUCAACAACAAAGGCACCAUUCCACUUGAGCACGGUCACCGAAGAUAUUAGCAAAUUUUUGCCGCCCGGAUUUAAAUUGCCAAAAGAAAACACCAUCACCACAACCAAUCGACCACAAUUGAAAACAACAAUGGAUGAUAUCAGUAAAUUCCUGCCUCCAGGUUACCGAUUGCCAAAAUCGACCACCACCGAAAAACCAGAAACUACAACACCGGACAAUGGCGGAAGUAGCGAUGAACAGCAUUCUCUGCUGAAUAAACUGUCAUUUAAUGCGGACAUUAGUAGCUUAUUGCCGCCCGGUUUUAAGGCAAACGCUUCGGAAGAUGACUCAGCAUCAAAAGAGAAGACAGAUGAAAAACCGUCAUCAACAAGCAGCAGCAGCAGCAGCAGCAGCGGCAGCGGCGGAAAUCCAGGUUUCAAAUUAGUGUUCCCGAAAGGUAUUGGCAAACGGCCGGGCGUUAGACUGACAACACCAAGACCAUCAUAUGCUGAAAGCCCAACGGCACCAGGAAUUACCAUUCGCAAAGGAUUGCCCACAAGAGCAACGACCGAAUUCACUGGCUGGCCAACCGUGUCCACAACGCCACUGAGCAUCGAAAAGAUUUUCGAACAACAAGGUGCCCAAGCAAUUGAUAUUUCGGAGAUUUUGAAACGAACAUCGUCGAGCACAUCGACAACCAUUGUUACGACAACCACCACCACAACUACAGUUCGACCAACACAGCCCGGUCUAUGCCAUGUGCAAUGCGAUUUGGCUGGUACAAUAAAAAUUGUUGAUGGUGUUAAAUGGAAGCCAGAACUUCUCGAUCAUAAUACGGUGGAAUACAAAAAUUUGGCGAAAGAAAUUGAAAUUCAGUUGAACGAUGUGUACAGUAAGGCUGAUCGCCUUAAGAAAUGGUUCAAAAAGAUUCGCAUCGAUAGUUUCAGUCAGGGAAGUGUACUUGUUGAUUAUUUUGUUGAACUGGCCGAUGUAUCACGUGAUAUAAACACCCAAGAAAUCAAAAAAAUGUUCCACGACGCACUCACCGAGGUGCCAAUGACUGUUGUUCCAUUGAAAAACAAUGCAACCGCAUCGUCAAUGGAUAUGGAACAAAUCAUAGCCGAUUUCCCUGACAAUGCAAAACCAGCCAGAAGCAAUUAUUUAAUGGGAGACUUUAUAUUGGAUCCACUCGCAACCGACUUUAUUGUUAUUCCGAAACAACGAAUAAUACCAACGACAUCGAAUGAGAUCGAACAAUCAAUCGUUCCACAAUGGGCCAUUGCUGUUAUUGUGAUUGGUGCUGGAUCAUUGCUAUUCGUUGUUAUAUUUGGUGCAGCUGUGCUAAUGAAUCGACAAAAACGAUCGAAAAAGAAAGCACCAAUUCCACUGACAGCCGAUAUGUUGAACGAAUUGAACAAAAAUCAUAUGGGUGGCUUCGAAAAUUAUGGCCACGAAGAAUUAUACAUUGAAGAUACAUGGGAUGAUGUAAAACCUGAUUCAAACUUCAAACCAAAACGUUUUGCCAACUCAAGCAGUGACCGAGACGAACGGUUUGACAGUUGGCGUACACAGCAAAAGUACCAAGCGAACGCUGACUAUUAUUACGAUCAAAAGCUGUCGAAGCCACAUUAUUCGCAGAAAUCGUAUCCGUACCCACAGAAUGAUCCAUACAUGGAUAAUUUCCAUCCGCAGUAUCAUCCAUCUUAUUCGACGAGUCACCAUCAUCCGUCGCAUCAAAAUGCGAUGGGACUGUAUACGUACAAUACGCGGCGGUAUAAUCGAGAUUAUGAUCCAGAUUUCUGAUCAUCACCUUACUCCAUCCCUAUCCUCCCGCAAAAGAAAAAAACGCUCUUUUUCCAAUAAUUUUUUUUUAAAUUAUAUUUAUUUAAUGAAUGAAUUUUGAUGCGUGCAUGGGCGUGACUGAGAGAGACUUUAUAAUGCGAUCAACAUUUUUGAUAUUUCGAACGUAUUUCGUCAACACAAAAAUAAGUCGAAAACAAAAAAAAAAACGGAAAAAAAAAAUUGAAAAUAUAAAAACAAUGAAAUGCAAUGAAAUUACAGGAAUUUUUAUGUUAAAUUAACCGGAACAGAGAAAA